ACCCUCAAGUUGAAGGCGCCUGGUUUGCAGGCUUCCUGACGGCAUGCCCAGCGCUCCCCCAGCGCUCACCCAGCCUUACCUUAGUAGAGGCGUCAGGCCGGUUGAGAAUGAUGAAAAGCUGGCUCUCUGAUUGAAGAAGCACAUGGCCUACACAGGAACGACACUGCAGAACAGCUACACUCUUUCACCACGAUCUUGACAAUGGGUGCAAGGCAGGCCCUUUGUCUGCUUGCAUCUUUUGUGUUCGGUGUAGGGCUUGUGAGCACAGAUUAUGUAGUAACGGGGCCUAGUCCUGGCCCUGCCAUACCUCCAGGUCAAUGCCCUUACGUUUUCAAAGAUGUCAAUGUCAAGUACGCCCAGGGUUUUUGCCCCACAGAAGCCCAAGCUAAAAACGUUGUCUUCAGCUCGUCAUGCUGCAAUGUUCUGGACGGGCUCCUCUUUCAGAGCAGGGUGCAGCUAGCUAACGAGACUGGAGUCCUGCUGCUGCCGCAGUCAUCCGCUGAUGCAUGCAUUAAGGCGGCCGCAGAGGCAUUUGGUCCAGGGGCUGAACAGCUGUUUGCCACAUGUGGUAUUAACAGCACUCUCCUGUCAAUUGAGAACGGAGCACCCUGCGGAGCGGAACUUUUGACAGUCUAUGACUUUUGGGAAGCUUCGAGCCACUAUUUCCCAGGCAUCACAGGCGCAUCGUGCUUCCAAGCAAGCGACUGCACGACAUGUACGGCUCAAGUCAACGCAAAGAUUGCCUCUCUGAGGGGCAACACGACUCUGCUCACCUCCCCCGCUUGUCAAGCACUCGGCCAGAUCGCAAUGACGGCUGCGGCUUACCCCGUCGUGGUUGCCAACGGGAUCUCGGGGUGCGUCAAGAAAGUGCCGAUUCUCAAGCUGGACCAGUCGCCGGUCUGCGACUCCUUGAACUGGGACGAGAUCGACUUCUCUUCGGUAGCCCUCAGUUGCGGGUCGGCGCAGAUACGCAGUGACCGGUGCUGCGAUCUGUUGUUGGGCAUCGGCGGCCAGGCGCUUAGCAUCUACGCCAACCGCACCGGCCAUCCAAUGCCACAGGACCAGGCCCAACCGUGCCUCGCCGAAGUCGACGCGCGCCUAACCAAAGCGGGCGUCACGACAAGCGUGUAUCAGCGAUGCAACCUGACGCCAUUCCCGCUCCUCUUCUCGGUCGGCUGCUACAACUACUCCAACUUCGACGCCCGGAUCCCCGACCGCCUUCUGCUGCCUUCGGGGGACGCGUGCACCCCUAACCAAGCCAACUGCUCCAACAGCAUCUGCCAGGCGCAGUUCGACAUCGCGUCGACGUUCCUAGCGAACUCGUCUGACCCCCAGGUUUACAACCUGUGCAAUAUCAUGGUGUUGAUUCAGUACCUCUCGCGGUUCGACUCUUUGAGCGAGAUCACCGCCCGCCUGAACUGCAUCAUCUAUUACCCGGAGCCGCUCGCGCUUGGCGUCCUGGCCCCAAAGUCGAGCGCCUUGACGACGUCAGCAAUAGCUGCGAUCAUCGCCACUUGCGUUGCAGUGGUGCUCAUAGUCGCAGUCGUUGUUGUCGUCUACAAGAGGCGCUCCUUGAAGGACGGUUUCGAUGAGUGUCUCGGCGGCGGGACGAAGAGCUCAAAGCAAUGGACGGGGAUCCCCGGGCUCACGUUAGAAAGCUACAGUUUCUCUACCUUAAAAAGGGCGACCAAAAACUUUAGUGAGGACCGGUUGCUGGGGCGGGGUGGCUCGGGGAAGGUGUUCAUGGGAGAGCUCCGGGGCAAGCUGGUCGCCGUCAAAGUCAUCACCAGAGAAGCCCUUGCGGGAGGCGCCAAGGAGUUUCAAAACGAGGUGUUGUCGAUGGCGCGUUGCCGUCAUCGUCACCUGGUCAGCCUCGAAGGCUGCUGCAACUCCCCACGAAACUAUGUCUUGGUCUACGAGUUCAUGGAGAACGGGAGUCUAGACGACCAUUUGUACCCGCCAAGAGGAGGGGCACACAACACACCAGACGGAGCCCAAACCCGCUUCCUGGACUGGCCGACAAGAAUGAAGAUUGCACUCGGGGCAGCUCAAGGGUUGGCUUUCCUCCAUGAGGGUUGCAAGCCCCGCAUCCUUCACCGCGACAUCAAGCCGAGCAACAUUCUCUUGGACUCCGAUUUUGAGGCCAAGGUCGCCGACUUUGGACUGGCCAAGCUGACUACGGACGGCGACACCCACCUCACCGCGAGCAUCGCCGGCACGUGGGGCUUUAUGGCGCCCGAGUACGCGUCAUCCGGCCGCCUGACCGACAAGAGUGACGUGUACAGCUUCGGGGUGGUUCUGCUGACGUUGGUUGCGGGACGGCGGCCGAUAGAGCCCCUCGAAGCGCAGGACAAGGUUUACCUCAUCGAGUGGGCUUGGACCUUGGCGGAAGCGGACGCACUGCCGGAGCUGCUAGACGUCAGGCUGACGUCAGCGCUGAAGGAACACGCCGCGGCCAUCGACAACGUCACACGGAUCGCGCUUCUUUGCAUACACUCGCAAGUCAACCUGCGGCCGACCAUGGUCGAGUGCAUCGCCAUGCUCACCGGUAAGGCCCCAGUGCCAGCCCUCCGCCCGGGGCUGAUUUUCACGCCAUCCUCGUUAGCGACACCGGGACCCAGCAGUGACUGGAACAGCACGGACGGGAGCGCCGGGUGGUCGGGGGUUUCCCGGGGGGUGUUAAGUAACCAGAGCGUGGUUAGCGGGCACAGCAUGUUGAGCAACCAGAGCUUGUCGAAGAUUGAGUUCGCCGGACGGACCGGGGGCAUCGAAGCGGAUGACUUGGAGCCCGGCAUGGGGACGUAGCAUGAUAGUGUGUUUGAUGACAAACUCGGUAUGACUUCCAAGAAACGAAGAAAGUGCCAGAGCACGCCGCAGCGCGGUCUUGUUCUUCUAGCACACUCGUUUUUGGCUGUUGAAUACUAGAUAUUUUGAGUUGUAUGGUAGUAUUCUGCUUCCAGAGAUGGAGCUAGGAGUCAGCGUUUGAAAGUUUUGCGACCGGAUGACACCAGGGGCGAGCGGUCACGAGCAGCCGCGCAAGGGCGCUGCAUUCAAUGCGUUAAGAACAAGAACACGGAGUGACCCCAGUCAGUUUCUAUUCAAUGCCGGCAGUAUGAUUAGCGUAGCCCCAAUACUAGCCCUAAGGAAUUGUUUCUGUAAUAUUUGUUCUGAAUCUGAAUUUUACCGGGUGCAAACUAGGUAUUGGGAUAUUGGGGUACAACCCCGGAUCCUAAGACAAUUGAUCGCUUGUAGGCUUGUUAACCAUGUACACCUAACGGUUGCAGAU